AUGCAGAUUGCUUCUGCAAACAUUUGUGAAUGAAUGUGCAAUAAGUCCAUCCCUGAAAUAUCCUUGCUACUAAAUAUUCCACAGUCAACUGUUAGUGGUAUUAUAACAAAGUGGAAGCAACUGGGAACAACAGCAACUCAACCACGAAGUGGUAGGCAUUGUAAAAUGACAGAACGGGGUUAGUGCAUGCUGAAGCACACAGUGCGCAGAGGUCGCCAACUGUCUGCAGAGUCAAUAGCUAAAGACCUCCAAACUUUGUGUGGCCUUCAGAUUAGCACAACAGCAGUGCGUAGAGAACUUUAUGGAAUGGGUUUCCAGCCAAGCAGCUGCAUCCAAGCCUUACAUCACCAAGUGCAAUGCAAAGUGUCGGAUGCAGUGGUGUAAAACAUGCUGCCACUGGACUCUAG